AUGCUGUCUCCGUGCUGCAUAUUCCCCACCCGACCCCCGAGACCCGAUUCUUCCAGGCCAGGCCGGGCGUUGCAACGAACAAACAAACGCUGCUUUCAGAAGAAGGGUUCUUCCUUCUCCACUCCUUGUAUUCCGUCACACGAGUCCGACGGCGACGACGACUUGAGGGAGAAGGCGAAGAGGAAGGAAGGCGGACUCGAGAGGUUCGACGGGGAUUUUGGUGUUCGUCCGGCGGAUUCCCAGCGAUCGGCCGAUCCUCGCCGGCGGAUGGGGCAGGCGUUCCGCAAACUGUUCGAUGCCUUCUUCGGCAACAGCGAGAUGAGGGUCGUGAUGCUUGGGCUGGAUGCCGCGGGCAAGACCACCAUCCUGUACAAGCUGCACAUCGGGGAGGUCCUCUCGACUGUCCCUACGAUUGGGUUCAAUGUUGAGAAAGUUCAGUACAAGAACGUGCUGUUUACAGUGUGGGAUGUUGGUGGCCAGGAGAAGUUGAGGCCCUUGUGGAGACAUUACUUUAAUAACACAGAUGGCUUGAUCUACGUGGUUGAUUCAUUGGAUAGGGAGAGAAUUGGAAAAGCCAAAGCAGAGUUUCAGACAAUAAUCAACGAUCCUUUCAUGCUUAACAGUGUCAUAUUGGUAUUUGCCAAUAAACAAGAUAUGAAAGGGGCGAUGACACCAAUGGAGGUGUGCGAAGGCCUUGGCCUCUAUGAUUUGAAGAACCGCGUCUGGCACAUCCAAGUAUGA